CCAACGCAUUGAGUAUUUCUCGUGUUUUGCAUUGGUUGGUUGGCUUCUCUCCAAUUAUAUGGCAAGUGCUACAUCGUAUGAAGGAGACAGCGAAAAUAUAACCGAGACCAAUAUGGAAGAAAAUGAAGACAGGAACAACCGUGAAGUGGAUGAAAGUGAAAGCAUGGAAGAUGAUUCGGAAACUUCAGCUUUGCACUGGAGCGAAUCGGAGUACUCUCAAGGAAACUCUCAACCCUUGAACAACGUGGGACAAACAAGAUCCUGGGAAGGUUUCGAGUCCCAAGAAGAGAGAACGAAGCAAGUUGAAGUUAUAGGUAAAAAGUUGGUCAAAGAAAAUAGGCAAAUUUAUUUAGCCAAACUUCCUUCAACCGUUGGAGUGGAACCCUUUGCUUUUCAGGAAUGGAAAGAAAAGAGUAGGGAACAGAAUGAAUCGGAUUCUGGUAGAGCAGCUUUAGUAAAGAUAAGGUACCGAAAGGUAGGAAAUGACUGGGAGUCAAACACAAGACUGGUGAAAUGGGAAGAUGGCUCGUCUUCGUUAUUUAUUGGAAACGAAUGUUUUGAUGUUAUUGAGCAAGAUAUUAGUGAAGAAAGCCAAUUGUUUUUAUUUCGUAGACAACCCACUGCUCAAGCAGCAGAAUGUCGUAUUUCUCGCAAGUUGAAAAUACAACCUGCAAGUAUUUCAUCAGGAAUACAACGCAAGUUGGGCACAUAUGAAAAAUUUGCAAAGGAAAGAAAAGUAAAAAUGGCAGAGAUGGAUAGAGCUCCUGAAUUGGAAGAACAGAAGUUGGCACAGUUAGAACACGAAAGAGCACGAGCACAAGCCCGUUUGGAAGCUAAGAGAAGACGAAAAGAGCAACUUGUCAUGGAAAAUUGGAGAAGCUCUGGUGUCUCAACUGAAUUUUUAGAUAAUGACUAUUCUUCCAACGAAGAGUUUAGUGAUGAAGAAGAUCCUUCAUUUAGUAUAGCCAAUGUGAAAAGUCGAAUAAGUGGAAACAGAAAAAGUAACGACAUGACUUUGGAAGAGACUGGUCAAGAAGAGGAGGAUGCGAGUCUUUCAUCAAAGGCACAAAUGGAACGAGAAAAUCCUUCUCGCUUGGACAAAUUCAAGGAUUCCGAUACCCCUAUAGGAACUUAUCGGGAACCUUUGCGUUCCCAAGUCUCAGAGCAAAGUUCGGAAGUCUUCAGAAGACGAGAAAAAUGACGAACCGAUUCAUUCUAAGGA